GCACUGUUCAAUUAACCAAACGAAAUGGAGAAACAGGUAGGAAACUCCAAAAGAUGACCAUAAAAUGCAUCAAAAUUGCCUUUCUCCUCGUGUAGAAGAGAGAGUCUAUCUAUGUUCCCAUCCCAUCCCCAAAAGAUCCCCACAUCAGCAGGAUCAACCCCAAACACAUUUCAUCGAACGACAAUUCAAGAAGGUAUCACCGUCCCAAGCUCCGACUCGCAGGAAGAGCAGCGGUGGUCUCUUCGAAAAAAUAACGCCCGAAAAUUCAAUGCUCAGACUUGCUUCCCAAGAAAAGACUCCAUGUUUCAUUCUUUCCCAAGCAGAUGAUGAUGAUGCACGCGGACCGUCGAGUUGUCGAGUCGGUCAAUUUCGUAUUUCUUUCGACUCGUGUUUCUCGGCGCUCUUUCCAACGUGCGUGGUCUUGAGAAUCCUUCCCUUCCCAGCAUUAAUACAUGUUUGUUCCCUUUCCGUUUCUUUGAGCGAGGAGCGUAAUUUUUCAUGGUUGGCAAUCCCCUGCUGUCGCGUGUCGUUCGAUCAUUCGAGCGACGACGUUGAGGAUAGCGAAGCCUAGCAUGAUAGCCACCAUGAAAAGGCGCCCAUCCAAUGGUCUCGCUCGUCGCGACAUUAUCAUAAUCAUGACGAUCCCGCAUUUUCAG